GGAGGAAAUACCAUGCAAUCCCAAGAGGACGAGGAUAUGCAAAGGGCGCUGCGCGAAUCAGCACAAGAAGCGGGGCUAUCGAUCCCUCCACAAGAGUCAGGCGUCAUAAGCCAGUCGACUUCAACGCCGUACUUUGGCCCGGCGAACCGUACCGAAUACGACCAGGACAACUGGGCCAUGGUUCCUGUUGGGCCGCUCAAGACAAGGCUGGAUAACGCCCCAUCGCCAGCCCAGAGAAAGCGAUCUCCCGAAACUCCAGCAUUCUUGAUCCAAGGAUCCGGCUCAGCGAGACACCACACCUUGGGUGGUUUGCUCACGAUUUUCAGUCAAAUUCCCUUAGCGAGGAAUGUUCUCUUACGGUGCGGCUCUCCUGCGGCAUCCUACGGCUUUAAUAACGAAUGGUGGAAUGGACAAGAAAUCCUACCCCCAGAGGCUUUACGUCAAAUGCAGCCAGAAGAAUCGGGGUGGGGCUACGACAAUGCUGCGAGGCCAAACUUUGAAGAGGAAAUCCAUCGGCUCAUGGCGUUUCUCGAUUCGACAGAGAGGAGUUAUGGAACAGUCAAUACGCUUACGAAUUUGAUGCAAGAUACAACAAGUGAUAUAGAGAAGCAAUUCUAUGCCCAACUCGGCGACACCAAUGAUGGGGAGUUGCUGGAGCCCUUGCAUCAAGAAGCGAUACUGGCAAGCGUUGGCACUAACGAGGACAGCGAGAUCCAACAUGCGAGAUUUGGAUUGCUUGAAUUCGACCACUCAGGGCUUGAGUAUGCACACAUCAAAACUCUCUACGAAGCCCUCGAUUAUUUGAUGUGGGGAGACCUAUUAUCGUGGCAUGAUGCCGACGACAGGUCUAGAAUCGCCAUGUUUAAGAAGAUGGGCGAAGUUCUAACCAUCAAAGUCGGAAACGAUGGGCCACUUGACUCUUUUGAAAUUCCGGAAGUGCUAUAUCCUGAACGAUAUCUGGAAAGCCGUAAGAAGGAGGCCAGACGGAUAGCAUCUGCUUUACUGGAAACCAAGAAUGCACUCGAUAGCGUAACAACUGAAGAGCGACGUCUACAAGAAUGGCAAGAUGACUGGAACCAGCUGACGUUUAACAAGACGGACAUGAUCCGCAAUGCUACGGAGCAGUGGAAGGCGUUUUCAGAUUAUCUUGAGAGCGCUGGUCGGUUUCAGGCGAUGGAGGCUUCGGGGUUCGACACGAACAAGUACCCCAAUUACCGGGACGCCCCAUGUCAAAUGACCGAAGUGCAGGCCAAACACUCUGAACAGGUGGACGAAGUACUUCUUUUGACCGAACGGAUACUGCAUGAUAUGGAAGCAAAGACCGAAGACCUCCGCGUUCAGCUAGAACAGAUUCAAGCCAAACAACGCUUCCUCGGCAAACUCUUGACUGUUCCAGACAAGCCAGGCCGGCCAAAGCCAAUGACGUGCAAGAAGUAUCUUCUCCGGGGCGUGGCUACUGAUAGAGACAUUGUUUACGUCUGCCAGCGCCUCUAUCCGGAAUCUGUGGAAUCAGAAGACCCGAAAUCACCGGUCGAUCAGUGGUGGCGGCUAGAGUACUCUCCCAACGAAGACCAACUGGUUAGAUCCGAGAAGGUAGAAGUUGAGCGAAUCUUUAGAGACGUAUGGCUCGAGACAAAGACGCCACUGCUCGUAUAUGCGACUGAAGAAGCAAUCUCCACGCCCAGGGCCCCAUUGUCAGAUGCCCUGAAUAUGUUUGUUAGAUCGGAUAAUAAGGCGUUCCGGCAAGAGCUGAAGCGGCCUGUGGCUGACAGCGUUGAGGAAAGGAGGCAUACUUCUGUCGACCCAAUCUCACCUUCCAAGCGAAAGCAUCGAGAUAGCAUGGACUCUAUGGACACCAACCGAGCGUCUAUCGGCAGCGAAGAUAGAAGUCCGUUUGAAAAUGCAUUUGACGAGCAGGUAGAACAGGCAGAAAUGGAGAUGGCGGACAUGUCGGGGGGCAAGUCGGAGUAUGUCAGGGGCUCUGACGCUGAGGAUAAAUUCGGGCCUCUCGAAAUCCCACCGACCACACUUAAUCGUGAUCCAGCUCAGAUUACGAUUGAAUCUGCAACUCUUACGCCAGAUACGCUAGCGGCAAACAAGGGUGAAGCACAUAGGCCAACUCCUUCUGAAGACAGCCAGACAGACGACGUAGUGAACAAGAUGGCUGAGGCUCAGGUGGCUAAGAGCCCGGAAAUGCAAGAGCGAGUUCGGCCGCCGUCACUGAUACGACCACCUUUGGGGAACGACACUGGGAGAGAUCUAAGUAUGGACAUGGAGAUAUCCGAUAUCCAGGAAUAGAUGUCUAGAAAAGGGGACUUAGAAGGCAUAAUUACAUGGGCACGUCAUGAUUUGCCUGCCAAAUGAAGAAGAAGAAGAAGAAGACGGAAGAGAGGCAAGGAGGACAAGUUUGUCUUAAAGGCUUUCGGGGAAGAAUCAACGAUGGGAAGAGGUCACGGACUGGUGGCGAGGUCGUUUGUAUAGGGAGCUAAUCGCGGACUGCAAUGCACCACUUUCAGUGGGCACGAUAGCGCAAGAUUUUUGAAUGGCAUUGUUGGACUUUUGGCGCUGAGAUUCUCACUUUUAAGUGAGAUUUAGACUCAGAACUCGGUUACAGCGGCGAAGUGAAAGAUAACUAUUAGUAGCCAGUCUUGUUAUUUUACGAUUAACCUCUAUCUUAAUUUUCAUUCUGAUGCUAUCCCCGAG